AUGGGUUAUUAUUGCUGUUUUGUGAUCCAGGUGGAUUUCUAUGAGUGUUUUGUGAUCCAGGUGGAUUUCUAUGAGUGUUUUGUUAUCCAGGUGGAUUUCUAUGAGUGUUUUGUGAUCCAGGUGGAUUUCUAUGAGUGUUUUGUGAUCCAGGUGGAUUUCUAUGAGUGUUUUGUGAUCCAGGUGGAUUUCUAUGAGUGUUUUGUGAUCCAGGUGGAUUUUUAUGAGUGUUUUGUGAUCCAGGUGGAUUUCUAUGAGUGUUUUGUGAUCCAGGUGGAUUUCUAUGAGUGUUUUGUGAUCCAGGUGGAUUUCUAUGAGUGUUUUGUUAUCCAGGUGGAUUUCUAUGAGUGUUUUGUUAUCCAAGUGGAUUUCUAUGAGUAUUUUGUUAUCCAGGUGGAUUUCUAUGACUGUUUUAUCAUCCAGGUGGAUUUCUAUGAGUGUUUUGUGAUCCAGGUGGAUUUCAAUGAGUGUUUUGUGAUCCAGGUGGAUUUCUAUGAGUGUUUUGUGAUACAGGUGGAUUUCUAUGAGUGUUUUGUGAUCCAGGUGGAUUUCUAUGAGUGUUUUGUUAUCCAAGUGGAUUUCUAUGAGUAUUUUGUUAUCCAGGUGGAUUUCUAUGACUGUUUUAUCAUCCAAGUGGAUUUCUAA